CUAUGCUGUUUGUACCUCAGUCACAUCUCCAGCCUACCUCUGCUGCUCCCACUCCCAUUCAUCAUGCCACCUAAGAAGGAUUUGCCCAUCAAAAAGCCAGUAUCCAAACCAGUAGCCAAACCCAAAGCACCUGAAGCAGUUCCUGCAACAAAAGCCAAAGAACCAGAACAAGCUCCAACUUCUGCACCGGAGAAACCCAAACAAGCUCCUAUUGACCUGUCUAAAGUUGUGAUUGAAUUUAGCCAAGAAGAGCUAGAUGAGUUCAAGGAGGCUUUUCUCCUCUUUGACCGCACUGGGGAUGGCAAAAUACAGUUCAACCAGUGUGGGGAUGUCAUGAGGGCUCUGGGACAAAACCCCACAAAUGCCGACGUCUUGAAGGUGUUGGGGAACCCAAAAGCUGAGGAGCUGAACACCAAGUUUCUGGGCUUUGACCAGUUCCUCCCUAUGAUGCAAACCAUUGCUAAGAACAAGGACCAAGGAACUUAUGAGGACUAUGUAGAAGGGAUGAGAGUAUUUGACAAAGAGGGCAAUGGCACUGUAAUGGGGGCAGAACUGCGCCACGUGCUAGUCACCCUUGGCGAGAAGAUGAAUGAGGAUGAGGUGGAGGUACUUUUGGCUGGUCAUGAAGAUGCCAACGGCUGCAUCAAUUACGAAGACUUUGUCAGGCACAUCAUGUCUGCGUGACCACACCCAUUGAACUUGUCCGGAUGGUAAUGAACGGCUGAAUCUUACCCAUCACAUGUUACUGCCCUGAGAGGGGCAGGUUUCUGUAUUCAUAUCCUGUUACCUUAUCUUUUUUGUUUUCUGAAUGUGGGGGGGGUGUUGGUGGUUUAGUUGAGUGCCUUUUCCACUUCCCCCUUUUUCCAUCUUGUUGCCCCCUCAGGAGCAGUUUCUAUCUGCUCAUUUUGGUUUUCUAAAGGAGUUGGUGUGCCAGGGAGCCAGCGCCUCAAGUAUCGGGUCCCAGAGUAAGAUGCAGGACAUGAAAUCCGGAAUGUCUCAUACACCGUGCACUCCGCCCCACGAUACAGUGUGCAGAAAAUAAAUUAUUUCCCUAUCCCCUCUCCUUCACCAAAUAAAGUGACUUUUUUUUUUUUUCAAAAA